AUGACUGAGCCUCUUCAAUGGGCCAGAUAUUACUGGCAGCAGCUGACUGGUGGUGAAAACAGGGACGAUCAUGAGAGGCCAUACAGCUAUUCCUCUUUGCUUGCCUGCAGGGGCAAGUCCUCCCAGAUCCCCAGAUUGGCAGGAAAGCACCGGGUUGUUGUUCCCCACCUCCAGCCCUUCAAGGACGAGUAUGAAAAGUUUUCUGGAACCUACGUGAAUAACAGAAUACGGACAACGAAGUACACGCUUUUGAAUUUUGUGCCAAGAAAUUUAUUUGAACAAUUUCACAGAGUCGCCAAUUUAUAUUUCCUGUUUCUAGUUGUCCUGAACUGGGUGCCUUUGGUAGAAGCCUUCCAAAAGGAAAUUACGAUGCUGCCUCUGGUGGCUGUCCUUGCAAUUAUUGCAAUUAAAGAUGGCUUGGAAGAUUACCGAAAAUACAAACUUGACAAACAGAUCAACAACUUAGUAACUAAAGUUUACAGUAGGAAAGAGAAAAAAUAUGUCGACAGAUGCUGGAAAGAUGUUACUGUUGGGGACUUUAUUCGCCUUUCCUGUAACGAGGUUAUUCCUGCAGAUAUGGUUUUACUCUUUUCCACUGAUCCAGAUGGAAUCUGUCACAUUGAGACUUCUGGUCUUGAUGGAGAGAGCAAUUUAAAACAGAGACAGGUGGUUCGGGGGUACACAGAGCAGGACUCUGAAGUUGAUCCUGAGAAAUUCUCCAGUAGGAUAGAGUGUGAAAGUCCAAACAAUGACCUCAACAGAUUCCGAGGCUUCCUAGAACAUUCCAACAAAGAACGUGUGGGUCUCAGUAAAGAGAAUUUAUUACUUAGAGGAUGCACCAUUAGAAACACAGAGGCUGUCAUGGGCAUUGUGGUUUAUGCAGGCCAUGAAACCAAAGCAAUGCUGAACAACAGCGGACCAAGGUAUAAACGCAGCAACUUAGAAAGAAGAGCAAAUACAGAUGUCCUCUGCUGUGUCCUACUGUUGAUUGUAAUGUGUUUAACUGGUGCAUUGGGUCAUGGAAUCUGGUUGAGCAGAUAUGAAAACAUACCCUUUUUUAACAUCCCUGAGCCUGAUGGACAUGUCAUAUCACCACUGUUGGGAGGAUUCUAUAUGUUUUGGACCAUGAUCAUUUUGUUACAGGUUUUGAUUCCCAUUUCUCUCUAUGUUUCCAUUGAAAUUGUGAAGCUUGGACAAAUAUAUUUUAUUCAAAGCGAUGUGGAUUUCUACAAUGAGAAAAUGGAUUCUACUGUUCAGUGCCGAGCCCUGAACAUCACAGAGGAUCUUGGACAGAUUCAGUACCUCUUUUCUGAUAAAACAGGAACCCUGACUGAGAAUAAGAUGGUUUUUCGAAGAUGUAGUGUGGCAGGCUUUGAUUACUGCCAUGAAGAAAAUGCCAAGAGGCUAGAGUCCUAUCAGGAAGCUGCCUCUGAAGAUGAAGAUUCUGCUGACACUCCCAGUGGCUCCCUCAGCAAUAUGGCGAAGCCAAGGGCCCCCAGCUGCAGGAUGGUUCGCAAUGGACCUUUAGGAAGUAUAUCCUCAAAUCAUCUUACUGGGAGCUGUUUUGCUCUAGCAAGUGGAGCCAGUGAAGUGCCUCAUUCCAGACAGGCUGCUUUCAGUAGCCCCAUUGAAACAGAUGUGGUACCAGACACCAGGCUUUUGGACAAGUUUAGUCAGAUUACACCUCAGCUUUUUACCCCACUGGAUGAGACUAUCCCAGAUCCACCACUGGAGACUUUGUACAUCAUCGACUUCUUUAUUGCUUUGGCAAUUUGCAACACAGUAGUGGUUUCUGCUCCUAACCAACCACGGCAAAAGAUUGGACUGUCUUCUCUGCAUGCAAUGCCCAUUAAGUCUUUGGAAGAGAUUAAAAGCCUCUUCCAGAGACUGUCUGUCCGAAGAUCAAGUUCACCAUCUCUUGCCAGUGGGAAAGAGCCAUCCUCUGGGGUCCCAAAUGCCUUUGUGAGCAGACUAUCUCUCUUUAGUCGAAUGAAACCAGCUUCACCUGUGGAGGAAGAGAUCUCCCAGACAAGCAAGAGUCCCCAGGGCUCUGGUAACUCAGCUUGUCCCAUAGAAACCGAGAAGCAAGACAGCAAUGUGGAUGUCACAAACGGCAAGGUGGACUCCCUCCCUGGACAGCCCUUGGCCUGCAGCCUGUGUUAUGAGGCUGAGAGCCCGGAUGAAGCGGCCUUAGUAUAUGCCGCCCGGGCUUACCAGUGCACUCUGCAGUCCCGGACCCCAGAGCAGGUCAUGGUGGACUUUGCUUCUUUGGGACCAUUAACAUUUCAACUCCUACACAUCCUGCCCUUCGACUCAGUAAGAAAAAGAAUGUCCGUUGUGGUCCGGCACCCCAUUUCCAACCAAGUCGUGGUGUAUACAAAGGGCGCUGAUUCUGUGAUCAUGGAGUUGCUCUCAGUGGCUUCCCCAGAUGGACCAGGUCUGGAAAAACAACAAACGAUGUUAAGGGAGAAAACCCAGCAGCACCUGGAUGCCUACACCAAGCGAGGCCUGCGCACUCUGUGUGUAGCAAAGAGGGUCAUGAGUGACACUGAAUAUGCAGAGUGGCUGAGAAAUCAUUUUUUAGCUGAAACCAGCAUUGACAACAGGGAAGAAUUACUACUUGAAUCUGCCACGAGGUUGGAAAACAAACUAACUUUACUUGGUGCUACUGGCAUUGAAGACCGUCUGCAGGAGGGGGUCCCCGAGUCCAUAGAAGCCCUUCACAAAGCCGGAAUCAAGAUUUGGAUGCUGACAGGAGACAAACAGGAGACAGCUGUCAAUAUUGCUUAUGCAUGCAAACUACUGGAGCCAGAUGACAAGCUUUUCAUCCUCAAUACUGAAAGUAAAAGUGCCUGUGAGAUGCUGAUGGACACGAUCUUGAAAGAACUUAAGAAGAAAAAUCCAGCUUCUCCAGAGCAAGCAUCAAGUGAGGCUUUACACCAGCCUCCCGCGCCCCCGGACUCAGGGCUGCGAGCUGGACUCAUUAUCAACGGGAGGACCCUGGAGUUUGCCCUGCAGGAGAGUCUGCAAAGGCAGUUCCUGGAGCUGGCUGCUCGCUGCCACGCCGUGGUCUGCUGCCGAGCCACGCCCCUGCAGAAGAGCGAAGUGGUAAAACUGGUUCGAAGCCAUCUCCGGGUGAUGACUUUGGCCAUCGGUGAUGGUGCCAAUGAUGUUAGCAUGAUACAAGUGGCAGACGUUGGGAUUGGGAUCUCAGGUCAAGAAGGCAUGCAGGCUGUGAUGGCCAGUGACUUUGCCAUUUCCCAGUUUAAACAUCUCAGCAAGCUACUCCUUGUCCACGGGCACUGGUGUUAUACCCGACUUUCCAACAUGAUUCUCUAUUUUUUCUACAAGAACGUGGCCUAUGUGAACCUCCUUUUCUGGUACCAGUUCUUUUGUGGGUUUUCAGGAACAUCCAUGACUGACUACUGGGUCUUGAUCUUCUUCAACCUCCUUUUCACAUCCGCCCCACCCAUCAUUUACGGUGUCCUGGAGAAAGAUGUGUCUGCAGAGACCCUCAUGCGACUGCCUGAGCUUUAUAGGAACGGCCAGAAGACAGAGGCAUACUUACCACUCACCUUCUGGAUCACCUUGUUGGAUGCCUUUUAUCAAAGCCUGGUCUGCUUCUUUGUGCCUUACUAUACCUACCAGGGCUCAGACAUUGACAUCUUUACCUUUGGAAACCCCCUGAACACAGCUGCUCUGUUCAUCAUUGUCCUCCAUCUGGUAAUUGAAAGCAAGAGUUUGACUUGGAUCCACAUGCUGGUCAUCGUUGGGAGCAUCUUGUCUUAUUUUUUCUUUGCCUUGGUUUUUGGAGCCAUGUGUGUAACUUGCAACCCACCAUCCAACCCCUAUUGGAUUAUGCAGGAACACAUGCUGGAUCCAGUGUUCUGCUUAGUUUGUGUUCUCACAACCUGUGUUGCUCUUCUGCCCAGGUUUAUAUACAGAGUUCUUCAGGGAUCCCUGUUCCCAUCUCCAAUUCUGAGGGCGAAACUCUUUGACAGACUGCCUGCAGAGGACAGGACUGAAGCUCUCAAGAAGUGGAAAGGGGCUGGAAAGAUGGAUCAGUUGACAUCUAAGUAUUCUGACCACUCCGCUGUUAAGUCAGAGAGAAUACCCAUUUCUGACCCUUCUGCUGUCUUUGCAGUGAUGUCGGCAACUUCUUGUGCUGUUGAGCAAGGGAAUUUAUCUGUAUGUGAAACUGCUUUAGACUCAGACUACUCUGAAAAUAAGGCCUCAGGGAUGGCUGGACCCUCAAAGGAUUAA